AUCCACACCCCAAUCAAUCCCUGAACCCUCAUACUAACAACAAUGGCUUCAACCAUCAUGUUCUUAUUCCACUCUCUCCCCACCCUUAUCUCCAUCUUGUUCUUCUCCUUCACGGCGGCCUUCACGGUGUUCUCCUUCUCUUUGUUCAUCCUCCGCCUUAGACCCUGCUGCAACUGCCCCAUCUGCCACUCCUACCUCUCCUCCACAUGGCUCUCCUCCUUCCCCAACUUAUCCGAUUGGUACGCCCACCUCCUCUCCCACUCCCCCACCGCCACCAUCACCAUCCACGUCCUCUCCAACAUCCUCACCGCCAACCCCGACAACGUCCACCACAUCCUCAAAACCAACUUCCACAACUACCCAAAGGGCAAACCCUUCUCCUCCAUCCUCGGCGACCUCCUCGGCCAAGGCAUCUUCAACGUCGACGGCCACUCCUGGACCUUCCAACGCAAAAUGGCUAGCUUGGAGCUCGGCAGCCUCUCCGUCCGCUCCCACGCCUUCCACAUCCUAACCUCUCAGAUUCAGACAAGGCUGCUUCCGGUCCUGUGUUCGAAUCGCGACAUGCUGGAUUUACAGGAUAUUUUUAAACGAUUUUCUUUUGAUAAUAUUUGUCGAUUCUCCUUUGGGUUGGACCCGGGCUGUUUGAGCUUGUCUUUGCCUAUUUCGGAGUUUGCCGUUGCCUUUGACUUGGCGUCUAGAUUGUCGGCGGAGAGGGCUAUUACGCCUUACCCUGUUAUGUGGAGGAUUAAGCGGCUGUUUGGAUUUGGGUCGGAGAGGAAGCUUAGGGAUGCUAUUAAAAUGGUGGAUCAUCUUGCCAUGGAAGUCAUACGCCAACGCCGGGAAAUUGGAUUCUCUCAUCGGAAUGAUCUUCUCUCUAGAUUCAUGGCUUCCGUUGAUGAUGACAGAUAUCUUAGAGACAUUGUUGUCAGCUUCCUCCUUGCCGGGCGGGACACGGUGGCGUCGGCUUUGACUAGCUUCUUCUGGCUACUAUCUCAAAACCCAGAAGUGGAGGACGAGAUUCUCGCCGAGUCGGAUCGGGUCAUGGGACCCGACCCGGACGCGGUACCCAGUUUCGACAACCUUAAAGACAUGCAAUAUCUUCACGCAGCGGUGUACGAGAAUCUGCGCCUCUUUCCACCGGUUCAGUUCGACUCCAAGUUCGCUGAGGAAGACGAUAUCUUGCCGGACGGCACGUUUGUUCAGAAGGGUACAAGGGUAACUUAUCACCCCUACGCCAUGGGUCGGAUGGACCGGAUUUGGGGACCCGAUUGUCUCCAGUUUAAACCGGAGAGGUGGCUCAAGAAUGGAAGCUUUGCACCUGUAAACCCGUUUAAAUUCCCUGUUUUUCAGGCCGGUUUACGGGUUUGUUUGGGGAAGGAGUUGGCGGUGAUGGACGUGAAAUGUACUGCGGUGGUUUUGAUUCGGAAGUUUAAGAUCCGGUUGGUUGGAACUGACCGGGUUGCCCGGUUUGCUCCCGGUCUGACGGCUAGCUGGAGAGGUGGGUUGCCGGUUCGAAUUGAACAAAGAACCACCAGUUAGACCUGAACUUUUGUGAUGUACAAAUUAAUGUUACAUUUUAUGAUUCCAAACGCAUUAUUAACAUUUUUGUGCA